AAAAUGAAUCGUAAAAUCAGACAUUAGAUUUAAUAUUUUCACCAUCUCUUCCCGUAUAAACUUCUCGUUUCUGAUUUCCAGCUCAAGUCUCCAGAUGAUAGUCCAGGAGAUGCUGUUGAGAGCGGGACCCCGCCAGCCAACGGCUCCAUCUUCACAAUGACACUCAAGAACAACCACUUGAUAGUAGAAACCGAAGAGAGAAAUGAUAUCACCAAAAACGGCCGCGAGACGAAGAUGAAGUACUCUCCAGACAACGAUGGAAUUUUCGUAGUGGAAGUCCAGCAGUCAACUACAUACAGACCGAAUAAAACUAUUCAGAACUCCCCGCUUCAUGAUCCUCAGAUCUCCACCAACCAGGCCCUUAUCCAUCGAGUGCCUGAGGAGUUGGAGAAGAAGAUAGAAGACGACAGCGAGAGAAGCAGCGAGAAAUUUGAAAGGGAUAAAGCUUUAGCACUGUCCAGCACUGGACUCUCAAUUUCGGACCUUAGCAUGUCCUCCAUAGGUUCUCAUAAUGUGAGCUACUCUUACGGAAGUCAGAUGGGGUAUGAGCAAGGACCGUUUGGAUACCCGGUUUACGCUGGAUACGAGGUUUCAAAAGAUGAUACUCCCGAAGGAAUAAUAAAUGAUAACUCCCAGGAGCCAUUAAUCAGCAAAACACCAACAGACCCGGACAAGCCUGUGGUAACUGCUGCCAUUUUCAAACAGGAUUCUAUCAUUGGAAGCGAAGUUCCAGGAUACUGCAUUGAGGGCUCCACUGACGGUCCCCUGCUCUCUGAUGUCCAAGCUAGAGAAUACAGUCUCCAACACCUACACGAUCAGAAAAAGCAAAACGGAGUUGCAGUUCCUAUGAAUGAUAAAGUUGAGAUUCCAAAGAAAGAUUUGAACCGAGCAGAUAGUCUACCAGUUCGGUUAGAGGACGACAAUGUUGGAGUAGAGAUGGUUGCUAUGGAAACGAUUAGGGAGGAGAUACCUAAAGAUUUGAAGGGAAAGAGGGCGUCACUGCCGAUUAUAAGGACUGAAGUUUAUGAGUCAGUGAAGGAUGCUGUUAAGACUGGGUCGCCAAAGUUUGAGAUGCUGAUGAAUGAUACGACGCCGGAGACGUAUGAUACGCCCCCGAUGAUCACCAUCACGGAGGAAAGCGAGUCGAGUAAAUCUGACGGUACGAGUUAAUCGUGGCACAUAUGAUUGUAAAUAGUCAUUUCGAAGUUUGGAUGCAAGUUUUUGAUGGAUAUCAGAUUUCAGAGGAGAGUUGUGAUGAUAUAUUUUGUGUUUUUGAUGUAAGAGGAAGAUGGAUGGACAAACCAACGGAUUAAAUCUCCGUGCUAAGACAUAUUUGUUUUAGUAUAAUAGUUAUUUAAAAUUUUAUUUCCUCUUGAUUUCAACUACUUGCUGCAGUAUUUUAGAAAUCCAGAUAAUUUAAUUCUUUUACCAUAAUAUUUGCUAUUUCUUUUGUCAUAUGAUCAUUUUUUUUAAGAAACACCUCUCCCCUGGCAUCUAUUUCCACAUUAGAUAUAAAUUAUAUUUGUAAAAUCAGAAAUAUUUCAUAAGCUUUGGUGUUGCUAGUGUUUAUAUUUAUUUAUUUAUGUUCAAGUUUCUCGUUGCUACGAUCUAUAUUUUAACUAGAUACGUUAAGUUUCUGUGUCGCUAUGUAGGUGUAAAUUAAUGUAUAAGAUAGUAUAUGUCGAAAUGUCUGUUUUAACUUUGUUGUACAGUAACAGUAUAACAGUUUCUACUGCCGAUCUGUACUUAUAAUAAAGAUGGAAAAUAUAAAAGAUUGUUGUAUAUGAUAAUUUAUGCAUUAGCAGUGGCGAAGGGCGAAGUUUUUUGAAAAGGAACCCGACAAAAUAUAGGUAUAACAAUAUGCAUAAAUGCGGUCUGGGAAUAGCUCUAAUGAACACUAAAUUUUAUAUAUCGAAAGUAAAGCCGGCAGGAAUCGAGUAUGGACCCUUCGCCUGGAGUAGGAACGUUAUAUUUUCUGAUAUUGCAUUGCACUUAAAUAUGACAAGGCAUCUGGCUGAGUGUUAACAUCAGCUGUGGUAUAUUAUAGUAAAGGUAUUUCAGAAAUUUAAUCAAAAUAUACUGCCUGUAUUUAUUGUAUAUUAAAUUGGGUUUUAGUGGUUCCAUGGUAGGAGACAUAAUUGUUUUUCUCUCAUUAGUGUAUACAUCACGGUUAGUGCUUUGUAUUUUGUUAAAUUAUUGAGUUUUCAAUAAUGCGUCCAUAGUUUUCAAUAUUACUUUCUGUCUUCAUCAAUUUUGUUUUAUCACUAAUUUCACGAUAUGUAAGAGCGCAGAAGGCUUUCAAAGAGUUUUCUAAGUAGUUGUGAUACUUAAAAAGUACGUAAAGCAGAAAGUGUAGGUAAUUAAAUAAUAAAAUAAUUAACGGAGUUGUAACAACAUUAUGGUAUUUAGAUGGCUUUGAAUUUAGAAAAUACGUACGAGAUAUUGUCUUCAAUUUCUGUCAUUGUACGAUCAUUUUCAAUAAACGAUAUCAACUUUAGAUAUUAUGAUA